AUGUCUUCAAGGCAAAGCCUUGGCGAGGCGGACUGCAGAGGUUAUAUAUCAACACCGAAGUUGCCAGCUGAGCUUUGGCUACACAUUGCAGAAUAUCUGGACGAAAGCCAUAUUAACUCAUUGUCUCAAUCGAGCCGUGGCCUCCAUAAGGCUCUAAUUUGGUAUUUGUACACACGCAACUGCCGCUCCAGUCACACCGCCCUGCUUUGGGCCGCGAGGAACUCUGUCUUGCCCGUCAUUAAGGUGCUUUUGUCUGUGCCUUGUAUCGACGUCAAUGCCAAAGACCAUUUCAAUCAGACUGCUUUGAGUCUCGCAGCACAGAAUGGUCAUACAACUGCUGUCAGUCUUCUACUUACAACUCCAGGAAUUGAUGUCAAUAGUUUGGAUACCUACAAUCGCUCUGCUCUCUGCCACGCGGCCCAAAAUGGCUUCGAACCGAUCGUUGACGCCCUUCUACAGGUUCGUGAUAUUGAAACAAACUCUGGAACCGUCUAUGAAGAUACUCCACUAUACCUGUCGAUUGCGAACGGUCACGAGGCCAUAACUGUGAAACUGUUGAAAACCACGAAUUUUGGCCCAAUUGACGGAGCCGGAUUGGCGCCCUUGGCCCAAGCCGCUUUCCUUAACCAGAAUGUGGUUGUAAAUAAGAUUCUUGAGAUGAAUACCGUAGAUGCUGAUAAAUCUGACCACAAAUCACCAAACAUCGCGGGUAAAUCUCAAUCGUACGGAAGAAAGGGUCGCGCAGUUCUGCAAUUCUGGGCUUCCUAUCAUGCAACACAACUCAGGAACCAGUAA